AUUAAUAGCGUCGUCCCUAAGGCCCAUUUCUUCGCGUUUCGUCUCCCAAGCAGAUACUCUGACUGCGAAGCUGAAACCAAGCAAUCCCUUGGCUUACUGGGCAAAAUGCACCAACGUCCAACCAAGAGCUCGAAAAUCAGAAGCUUUUAUUUACCUGCUUAACCCAUCCUACACACUUUCUUGGUCAAUUCAUGGCUUUCUUUGCGCCUUCAACGUCACAGGCUUUCGUUUCCUUCCCGUGAAACCCCAAUUCCCUCUUGCUCCCUGAGGCUCUGAUGUGCGUGAGUUCUGGUAAUCUAUUUCAAUUUCCAUCUAUACAGGCUUUACCGAGGAAAGAUGCAGCUCGAUCUGGAAUCAUUGUCAGAGGCAACUUCUGGUGCCAUUGGAUCCCUUGUUAGCACCACCGUCUUGUACCCUCUAGAUACUUGCAAGACCAAGUAUCAAGCUGAAGUUCAGGCUAAACAACAGCGAAGAUACAGGAAUAUUUCUGAUGUUUUAUGGGAAGCAAUUUCUACUCGUCAGGCACUUUCAUUGUAUCAAGGGCUUGGGAUAAAGAACGUCCAAUCCUUCAUUUCGUCAUUUCUUUAUUUCUAUGGAUACAGCUACUUUAGGAGGCUAUACUUGGAGAAAACUGGAAGGAAGACCAUUGGAACGAAAGCAAACUUGCUUGUUGCUACCGCAGCUGGGGUCUGUACAAUAGUCGUAACACAGCCCUUAGAUACGGCAGCCUCAAGGAUGCAGACUAGCGAAUUUGGAAAAUCCAAGGGAUUUUGGAAGACCCUAUCAGAGGGUACAUGCAGUGAGGCGUUUGAUGGCCUUGGGAUAUCUCUUCUUUUAACAUCAAACCCGUCUAUUCAGUAUACGGCAUUUGAUCAACUGAAACAGAGACUACUAAAGGGAAAGAUGAACAAGAAAAUAGGUACAAAGUCAUCCCCGGAAGCUCUUUCUGCCUUUUGUGCUUUCAUGCUGGGUGCAGUCUCAAAAUGUGCUGCCACGUGUCUAACCUACCCAGCUAUCAGGUGUAAGGUUAUGAUUCAAUCGGCUGAGUCAGAUGAUAAUCAAAGUACACAAGCUGAGCGAAAAGCACAACGAACAAUCUCAGGUGCACUCUGUACUAUUUGGAGAAGAGAAGGCCUGCUGGGGUUUUUCAAUGGAUUGCAAGCGCAGAUAUUGAAAACUGUUCUGAGUGCAGCGCUACUUCUGAUGGUAAAGGAAAAGAUCACGAAGACGUCAUGGAUUUUGAUGCACAUGAUUGGCAGGUAUCUGUCUGCUCCUCCCAAAGCAAAGGAAGCUUGAGUUAGCGAUAAGUACUUUACCAAUCAAAUUCUCCGAUGCUACAUGGUUGUCUCCUAUGGAGGAAAACUGGUUCUUCAUUAGGAGUCAAUGUCAGCUUGUGAUGGGCCAUGGACCUCCCACGUUAAGCAGUGCAAUGAAAUGCCAAAUCUGCAGUCUUUGCAGCUAAUCAGGUUACUGAUGAUAUAUAUAUAUAUAUAUAUAUAUAUUUUGAGCAUCGACAAUAUAUGUUAUGGAUUUUCUAUCAUGGCUGGAUUCCCUCUGAUGCAUCUUUUGGGAAAGAUUUCAUGAUGACCUAUUCUCGAAGUUCAUAGCAUAUUUUGGCCAAUAAAAAUAAGUUCCUAGUUUA